AUGUUAACAUUGUAUCUACAUUUUUUAGAGGUUGCUCCUCCAGCUGCUCCUGCUCCAGCUACUUCUGCUCCAGCUGCUUCUGGAGUACCAGCACCAGCUGCACCUCCAGCAAAAGCACCUCCAGCAGCACCAGCUGCUUCUGGAGCACCGGUUGUUUCUGGAGUUCCAGCUUCAGCUGGUUCCGAAGUUCCGGCUGCUUCUGGAGCUCCAGCUGCUUCCGGCUCUCUUCUUCCAGUUUCAUCCGCGAUCUCUCAAUCCAUUCCUCGUCCAGCUUCUUCAUCCGCAGCUCCUUCUAGUACCCCUCCAGCCCAACCAACUUCUUCUCCAGGACAAUCAUCUUCAUCUAAUGUUGGAAUUUAUAUUGGUAUUGCUAUAGGUGGUAUUGUAGUUGGCUUAAUCUUUGCUUUUGUUGGGAAUCGUGUAUAUAAAAAAUAUCAAGAUUCAAAAUUUAUUCCAACGCCUAGCAGUGCUGAUCUAUAA